UACUCCCUCCUCAGCAGCCUAACCAAUGAGUUUCAGUGGAGGAAAAAAAAGAUAAUCAAGCAGUGUGUUAAUAUGGGAGAGGAUUAAACAAGUGUUUGAGAGUAAGGAACAACGAAAGUCAAAAGAGCCUGUCUCCAGGGAGCGUGUCUUGUCUUUACUGAGCUACCCACCACUAUAUUUACCCUUCCCCUCGGCGCUACAACCAACAUCCUCACACCACUCACACCGCUCCACUGGUUCGCAGUUCCUUUCGCCCUGAGCCAAGAUGAAUGACGUUCAGGAGGCCACCUCCCCUGCCACCAGCCUCAGCGGCCCGGCUACCUGCGUCUCCAAAGUGGAGCUGCGGGUGUCUUGCAAAGCUCUGCUGGACCGAGACACGCUGAACAAGUCAGACCCCUGUGUCAUACUCAUGGUACAGACCAACGGGCAGUGGACAGAGCUCGACAGGACAGAAGUGAUCAAGAGCAACUUGCACCCGGUCUUUGCCAAGGUUUUCUCAUUGGACUACUACUUUGAGGAGGUCCAGAAGCUGCGAUUUGAAGUCUAUGACAUCCACGGCACCCACAGCAUCGGGACCCGUGAUGACGACUUUCUGGGUGGGGUGGAGUGCACUCUGGGCCAGAUUGUGGCCCAAAAGAAGAUGAUGAAGCCUUUGUUGCUGAAGUAUGGAAAAUAUGCGGGCAAAUCCACCAUCACGGUCCAUGCCGAGGAAAUCUCUGGCAACAACGGAUAUUUGGAGCUCUCCUUCUGUGCCAAGAAGCUCGAUGAUAAGGAUCUCUUCAGUAAGUCGGACCCUUUUUUGGAAAUUUACCGAAUCAAUGACGAUGAAACUGAACAGCUUGUGCACAGAACUGAGGUGAUUAAAAACAACCUCAAUCCUGUGUGGGAGCCUUUCAAAGUGUCGCUCAUAUCCCUGUGCAGCUGUGAUGAGGACCGCAAGCUCAAGUGCCUAGUGUGGGAUUACGACUCCAGGGGGAAGCAUGACUUCAUCGGCGAGUUCUACGCCACGUUCAGGGAAAUGCAGAAAAUCUCCAGUGGGAAUAAGGUGACGUGGGAUUGUGUGAAUCCAAAGUACAAACAGAAGAAGAGAAACUAUAAAAAUUCAGGAGUUGUCAUCCUCAGUGACCUGAAGCUCCACAGAGUUUACUCCUUUUUGGAUUACAUCAUGGGAGGAUGCCAGAUCCACUUUACGGUUGCUAUUGACUUCACGGCAUCCAAUGGAGACCCCAGGAACAGCUGCUCUUUGCACUACAUCAACCCUUACCAGCCCAACGAGUACCUGAAGGCUCUGAUAGCAGUAGGAGAGAUCUGUCAGGACUAUGAUAGUGACAAAAGAUUUUCCGCUUUGGGAUUUGGUGCCAGAAUCCCUCCAAAUUAUGAGGUGUCUCAUGACUUUGCCAUUAAUUUCAACCCAGAAGAUGAUGAAUGUGAAGAGAUCCAAGGAGUGGUUGAGGCAUACCAGAACUGCCUCCCUAAGAUCCAGCUGUAUGGCCCAACAAAUGUUUCUCCCAUCAUUACCAGGAUAGCUAAGCUGUCAGCAGGUGACGGUAACAUUAAAGAUGCGUCUCGGUACCACAUCCUGCUCAUCCUGACCGAUGGUGUUGUGACAGACAUGGCAGACACGCGUGAAGCCAUUGUUCGAGCCUCCUACCAGCCUCUUUCCAUAAUAAUUGUUGGUGUGGGCAAUGCAGACUUCACAGACAUGCAGAUUUUGGAUGGAGAUGAUGGAGUCCUCCGUUCACCGAAGGGCGAACCAGUCCUGAGGGACAUUGUGCAGUUUGUGCCCUUCAGAGACUUCAAAACGGCUUCACCUGCAGCCUUGGCCAAAUGUGUUCUUGCCGAGGUGCCAAAGCAAGUAGUGGAGUACUACAGCCAUAAGGCCAUCUCCCCUAUGUGUCCUCAGAGGGAUUUACAUACCCCCAUCCUCACCCCACUCGCCACCACCCCGACAGAAUGACCACCCAUCCUGUUCCUGGGACCAAGCUUUGACCGCAGCACCAGUCUGGAUAACUGAGAUGGGGAAAGGACGCAUGCUUUGCGACAAUGGACAUGGAACAGAAAGAAUACCUUACAUGUGGGUUGUUACUCAUUUAUUUCAUUUUUCACUGCUGACAAAGUGUUUACGUGCAGACAGUGGGAAAAGGGACUGUGUGUUUUUUUUCCUGCUCAGUUUUGAUCCAGCGCUUUUAUUUAGCUGUGAAAAACGAGCAACCAGGUGUUUCAUCAUCAUGUGACUUAAAGGAUCCCCCCCCCCCCCCCCUAAAAUUGUAUGCAUGCAGGCCAUCCCUUCAUACUGAUCUAUUGAUUGGGUGCUGGAUUAUUAUUCCUCACAGACCAUGAAUUUAAGCACCUCAAAUUGUCUAUUAUAUUACUCUUUACCUUAUGUCAAAUGUUUGGAAAAUGUUUAACAUGUACAAAGGGAAUGCUAAAAUUAGAUGUUAAAAUUAGAUUUCUCAACUUGACCCUACUAACAAGAUCUAAUCCAGAUGUUACAGAUGAUUCACAGAAAGUUGGAAGAAAACAUGCUGCUAUAGGCCUAGUGUUACAUUUAACCUUUCCUUUUGUGCUAUAAUGUAAUUCUGUAUAGCUGCAGGAGUGGCCACAUCUUGGACUACAGAAGAUAUAUUUUCAGACAGAAAAAAAAUCACAAUUCCUAAGACAAGUAUUUGUAGUUAAAUACAAAUGAGCUAUUUAUUAAGUUUCGCAAAAUGCUCUGUUCCACAGUGCACCAGCCAUCCCCAUGACACCGAAAAGCCUGUUUGUCACUGCAUUUACGACAAAUGACACCAACCCCUACCCAACAUGUAUGAAACAAAUGACAAAUCCCUGUUUUGAUCUCAUCCAAUCCAGUCCUGUUUACCUUUCACAUUUGGGAAACUGCAGGAGCCAUAACUACAUUUGCUAUAGUUAUUUACAGUUAUGACACAGAACUAACAAGACAGCCAAAUACAGCCAGGUCACCAGCUAGCAGGUUGAAGUAGUUCCACCUUUUCAGAGGUAAGCGUUUCAUAAAAGUAAGAAAAAAAAAAAAUCUCCAACAGUUCUGAAUGAUCGCACCCUCAUUUUCUGUCUUUUAUAAGAUGAUUGCGGUACAAGCUGUGAAAUCAUGCUGCAUGUCAGGUAAACCUUUUCCCUUUGAUUUUUUUUGUUAUCGUUGUCAUCUCUGAGCCAGCUGUCAGACAGGUAGCAACCUUACGCUGUACGUCUCAUUAUUUUUUUUCUCCUCUGCUGCUAUAUUUUUUUGUUGAAGGAACACAAUUCUUCUUGAUGUUUCAUGAAGAAUUUAAGUGGUGACGAACCAGCCGUGUGGCGAGCACAUGGUUCAGAACAAACUAAAGCACAAAGCACAGCUGUUCAUAAAACCAGUGCUCUAACUCUGUAGUAUCCGAACAUUUUACAUCACAGAAUUACAAUUCUAAAUACAUUGCAAUUAUUUCUAAAUGUGCUUGGUUACUCUUAAAUAAUUUAUAUACCAUAAAAUCAGUACAAUAAUAAUUUUGAUCUGUGAACUAAUGUGUAACUCCUGUCUGAACAAUAACUGAUCACAUGAAAAUCUUUAUUUGAUCCUUCUGCCCUUUUAUUGAGCUCAACAAUGUCCAGAAAGGUUAAGCUUUCACUAUCACAUACCUUUGUUGGGAAAUUCA